UUUUAUUCCCAGGACAGUUACUUCCUUUUUCUAGUCCUAUCAUCAUAUUCUUCAUUACAUUAGCCAUGCAAAUACAACAAGAAAAUUAUGGCAACAAAGCUUUGGUACUCUAUUUAUUCAUAACCAAAUUCUUUAGUGCCCUUACAGCAUCCAUCAACAUCUGCUUAACUUGCAUAAAACAUUACGACCUUACUUAUAUAGAUUCUCAAUACCUACUCAUUACAACCUACUUUUCCUGAUGUCCUUCAAACAAAAUUUUACUCACCUUAAGAAAAUUAGAAAGUGGCUGCUAUUUUACAUGCAAUUUUCCUAAUAUGAUAUAGUUUAGGUUAAUCAUCUUAAGACUGAGACACAUUCACUGAUGUUAAAAAAAUAUUAAAAACAAUAUAAAAUAGUGGGGGUCAAAAGAAACUUUCAAUAUUCUGUUUGAUAACGUAAAUAUGACCAUACUAUAGUUAUAUUGGUCAACUCAACUUCAUGAAAGAAAGUGUAACUCAAAAUACAUUAACCUAAACAUGAGUUUCAUUUUGAAAGAAAUUCUAAAACUGAUACCGUACAUUCUCUUUAAUUUAUAUGAUAAACUCUUGUAUCCUCACCCUAUAUAUUCUUAGUAUCUGUGCAUAUCAAAAUCCAUCCUAUCUUUUAAGCAUAAACAAAUAAAAAGGACAAGGAAAAAAAAAGAUUAACCAAUAAGAUGGGAAGCAAAGCUGUUGUCUCAGUCUACUUAAUUAUUUCACUGUGUGCUGCCAUCUUUGUCACUCGUGGAGUAGCUCAAAUGCAAAAUCCUCAGGCGAUUCCAGGACUUUUUCCACCUGGCUUAGUACCUAUUGAUCUCGUCAAAUGUUGGUCGUCUCUCUUUACCGUCCAAGGAUGUGUCCUGGCAAUCUCCAACUCUUUUUUUUCUGGAAAAUUUGAAAACGUUGAAGCGGCAUGCUGCAAGGUGUUUUCAACUUUAGAUGCAAACUGUUGGCCUCAUAUGUUUCCUUUGAAUCCUUUCUUCCCUCCUCUCCUCAAGGACAAUUGUGCGCGUAUCACCCCUAACUCCCCUGCACACAACUGAAAGGAACAAUGAUUGUUCGUCUACAGUUUUAGACUAGUAUAUUAGCUUCAAUGUCUAAGUUUUUCAUGUGUGAACUCAAUUAUUAGGAGAGCCCUAUAUUUACCUUUUCCUCAAUAAAGUGAAAUUUUAGCAAUAUCUACAACUCUUGUCAAUGUGUUUUGGUCAC